AUGGCGAAAUCCAAUUCAACCUCGUCGCUUGAUGAGACGGAGAAAGAAAAAGUGUUUGGUGCCCAGGAUCCCCAGGCCGCGGCGACAGAAUACGCACCCAUAAAGACGCAGCCGUCGCAAAAGGACCUCAAAGUUGGAACCGACAGCCACAGUUCGCAUGGCGGCCUUUCGAGAUCAACUAGCGCUUACUCCGAGACCACUGACAAUGACUCCGAUGCGAGAAGUACGAUGCGGAAAAAAAAACCCUGGCAUAGGAGAUUAAAUUUUCUUAAGCGGAACCCGCCUCCGGUGCCGAAACAGCGCCAAGUUUGUCCAGAGUACACCGCGGGUCUCUUCAGUAGAUUAACCUGGCAAUGGAUGCAGCCGUUGAUGUCGGUCGGGUACAAGCGCCCGCUGGAGCGGAAUGAUAUCUGGACAGUCAACCCUGAACGCAGUGCCGAUGUCAUGGCGAAGAAGCUCGAGGCAGCUUUCCAGAGACGGAGAGCAGAAGGCAAGCAGCGACCGCUUAUUGGAGCAAUGUACGACACAUUCAAAUGGGAAUUCAUCAUUGGUGGUCUGUGCCAGCUUUCGGCAUCCGUAAUCCAAGCUGUCGCGCCCUACGUUCUCCGCUAUCUCAUCGCCUUUGCCGUCCGUGCAUAUGCUUCGCAACAGACGGGAUCGCCGGCGCCAAACAUGGGUGAAGGUUUCGGAUUAGUAGUGGGCAUCACCGCACUGCAAUUCUUGCAGAGUAUGGCGACGAACCAUUUCAUGUAUCGUGGUAUGAUGAUUGGAGGAGAGGCGCGUGGAGUGCUGAUUGCUCUCAUCUUCAACAAGGCCAUGAAGCUGUCCGGUCGAGCGAAAGCAGGUGGUCAAGCGACGGUAGAAGCACCGCCACCUGAUAUUAAACCGGGGAGUGAAGCCGAGAUCAAGUGGUAUAAGAAGAUGAUGGGUAAGAAGAAGAAGAAGAAGGAAAAGAAGGGAGGUACUGACGGCGUUGCUGGGGAUGGUGAGGGAUGGGGUAACGGCCGUAUCGUUAAUUUGAUGUCUACAGACACCUACCGUAUUGACCAGGCCAGUGGUUUCUUUCACAUGAUCUGGACUGCUCCACUUGGUAUUCUGAUUACAACGGCGCUGCUUCUCGUCAACUUGACCUACAGUGCAUUACCUGGUCUUGCCAUGAUUUUCAUCUCCAUGCCAUUGCUCGGACAGGCUGUCAAGAGUCUGUUCCGCCGCCGUGUAGCAAUCAACAAAAUUACUGAUCAGCGCGUGAGCUUGACACAAGAAAUUCUCCAGGGUGUUCGCUUUGUGAAAUACUUUGGGUGGGAGACCAGUUUCCUCGAGCGUAUUCAAAACAUCAGAAAGAAGGAGAUUCAUGGUAUCCAGGUUCUGCUCACCAUUCGAAACGCCGUGCUCUCUGUAGGCAUGUCCAUGCCUGUCUUCGCCUCCAUGGUCUCGUUCAUCACGUACUCGCAAGUCAAUAGCAACCUGGAUCCCGCGCCAAUCUUCUCCUCCCUCGCAUUGUUCAACUCUAUGCGCAUCCCACUCAACUUUCUGCCCCUCGUUAUCGGCCAGGUCAUUGACGCAAACGCUUCCGUCAAACGUAUCCAGGAGUUCCUGUUGGCAGAAGAAGCCGAGGAAAGUGGGACCUGGGAUUUCGAAGCUAAGGAAGCGAUUGUGCUCAAAGACGCAGAUUUCACUUGGGAACGGCACCCUACACAGGAUGCAGAGGACGGGGCAGGUGGUCUGGGGAAGAAACCGGCAACGAAACAAGAGAAAAAGGACAAGAAAAUCGAACAAAAGCAGCAGGAGAAGAGCGAAAAAGAAGGGGUUAAGACGGAGUCAGACACGACUGCUGUCGAGGAGAAGCCAUUCGAGAUCAAGGGGCUGAACCUCACUUUCGGAAGAAAAGAGCUCACGGCGAUCAUUGGCAGUGUUGGCUCUGGAAAGACUUCGCUGCUCGCAGCGCUUGCCGGAGACAUGCGCAAGACGAAAGGAGAGGUUGUCUUUGGUGCGUCGCGAGCAUUCUGUCCACAGUACGCGUGGAUCCAGAAUGCCACUGUGCGCGAGAACAUCGUCUUUGGCAAGGAAUUCAAGAAGAAAUGGUACGAUCAGGUUGUCGACGCCUGCGCUCUCCGCCCCGACUUGGACAUGUUGCCCCACCACGACGCGACGGAAAUUGGCGAGCGUGGUAUUACCGUCUCUGGCGGCCAGAAGCAGCGAAUGAAUAUUGCACGAGCCAUCUACUUUGAUGCCGACAUUGUACUCAUGGACGAUCCACUCAGCGCUGUUGACGCGCACGUCGGUCGUCAUAUCAUGGACAAUGCCAUCUGCGGUCUCCUCAAAGACAAAUGCCGUAUCCUCGCCACCCACCAGCUUCAUGUGUUGAGUCGGUGCGACAGGAUCAUUUGGAUUGAAGAGGGUCAUGUACAAGCUGUGGACACCUUUGAUAACCUCAUGUCGAGUAACCCAGACUUUGUGAACCUGAUGAGCACCACUGCCACCGAGGAGGAAAAGGAGCAGAUUGAUGACAACAACGAAGGCGAGGGCGAAGCCAAAGUAAAAGACAGCAAGAAGCAAAAGAAGCAAAAGAAACAAGCGGCGCUCAUGCAAGUCGAAGAGCGCGCAACAAAGAGCGUGUCCUGGAGCGUCUGGAUCGAAUAUAUCAAAGCUGGAGGCGGCAUCUGGGUUGGCCCUCUCGUCUUCAUCCUCCUCGUUCUCUCACAGGGCGCCAACAUUGUCACUUCGCUCUGGCUCUCCUACUGGACAUCCGACAAGUUCGGCUACAGUGAAGGCGCCUAUAUUGGAGCCUAUGCCGGCUUUGGGUUCAGUCAGGCGCUGCUCAUGUUCUUGUUCUCCUUCUCGAUAUCUAUAUUUGGUACAAAGGCUGGAAAGGUCAUGCUGCAUCGGGCCAUUAGUCGAGUGCUCAGAGCACCCAUGUCCUUUUUUGAUACGACGCCGCUUGGGCGCAUUACGAAUCGGUUCAGCAAGGAUAUCGAUGUCAUGGAUAACACAUUGACCGAUGCGAUGCGCAUGUACUUUCUUACGCUUGCCAUGAUCAUCUCGGUCUUCAUCCUCAUCAUUGCCUAUUACUACUACUACGCCAUUGCUCUCGGCCCGCUCUUCCUCUUCUUCUUGUUCUCCGCUGCGUUCUACCGAUCGUCUGCUCGCGAAGUUAAGCGUCAUGAAGCUGUGCUUCGCAGUAAUGUCUUUGCCAAAUUCGGAGAGGCAGUCUCGGGUACUGCUACUAUUCGUGCCUACGGUCUGCAAGAGCAGUUCUCCCAAUCCGUGCGCGCGUCGGUAGACGAGAUGAACAGCGCGUACUACCUCACCUUUGCCAAUCAGCGAUGGCUGAGUUUACGCCUCGACAUUGUUGGCAUAUUCCUGGUCUUCACCACUGGUGUCUUGGUUGUUACGAGCCGUUUCUCUGUAGACCCUAGUAUCGCUGGUCUGGUACUUGCCUAUAUUCUCACCAUUGUACAGAUGAUCCAAUUUACGGUGCGUCAAUUGGCGGAAGUGGAAAACAACAUGAACUCGACGGAACGCAUCCACCACUACGGCACCCAGCUUGAAGAGGAAGCGCCUCUAAAACUAGGCGAAGUUCGCCCUACAUGGCCCGAGCAUGGUGAAAUCAUCUUUGACAAGGUUGAGAUGCGGUACCGCGAUGGCUUGCCACUUGUUCUCAAGGGCCUGAGCAUGCACGUCCGUGCCGGUGAACGUAUUGGCGUCGUGGGUCGCACCGGGGCCGGAAAAUCGUCCAUCAUGUCCGCGCUGUUUAGACUACAAGAGCUCUCCGGCGGCGCCAUCAUCAUCGACGGCAUUGACAUUAGUACCAUUGGCCUGCAUGACCUGCGCUCUAAACUGGCCAUCAUCCCGCAAGACCCCACCCUCUUCAGAGGCACCAUCCGAUCCAACCUUGACCCCUUCCACCAGCACUCCGACCUCGAGCUCUGGGGCGCCUUGCGCCAGGCCGAUCUCGUGUCCAACGAGUCCACGCUCGAAGACCACUCUGGUCGCAUCCACCUCGACAGUAUAGUCGAGGAAGAAGGUCUUAAUUUCUCGCUCGGCCAACGCCAACUGCUCGCGCUCUCUCGCGCGCUCGUCCGCGGCUCGCAGAUCAUUGUGUGCGACGAAGCAACGAGCAGUGUGGAUUUCGAGACGGAUGCCAAGAUCCAAAGGACAAUUGUGGAUGGUUUCAAAGGCAAGACGUUGCUGUGUAUUGCGCAUCGCUUGAAGACGAUCAUCAACUACGACCGGAUCUGCGUCAUGGACGCCGGGCACAUCGCCGAACUCGAUACCCCACUCUCCCUCUACGACCAAGGCGGCAUCUUCAGAAGCAUGUGCGAGCGCUCUGGCAUUCGCCGCGACGACUUUGUCGGUGCUACCGAGUAG